GGCACAACAACUGAAAACGGCUAACAGUAGCUUGUAAUUACUUUCAUGAGAGGGCAUAGCGCCAAAGCAAACCCAAGCAGUCACUAUCAUUUCACCUUCUACUUUACGCCCAUUUUUCCCUGUCAAUUUCUCUCUCCCACCAUUUCCUCCUUAAAAAGAAAACUUAUAAAUCAAAAGGCGAUGAACAACCCACUUAGUUCUACCUGUUUUUCUCCAAUCCUUUACUGUUUCUCUUUCCCUAUUCGCUUUUUUGACAUUUCGCGUUCCUUCUCUAAGUACUAUACAUCGCCAUUUCAGCCCUCGCCAUUUCAAUAACUUCUGCGUUCUCACGGCACGGGUUAUUCUAAUUUAGACAGAUUGAAGAAUAGAUAUGGAUUGAGGGUUUUGCUGUGUAGAUAAGGGAUUCUGGUUUGCAAUGAGCUUUACCUGCUUUGGUUUAUCAAAUUGGUGUAAAAGGACUAGUAGUCACGACCAACAACGGCCAGAAGAACUUGCCACCAACAAUGUGAGGGUGUUCUCUUAUAAUUCAUUAAGAUCAGCAACAGAGAAUUUCCAUCCAUCAUACAGAAUUGGUGGAGGUGGUUUUGGAGUUGUCUAUAGGGGAGUGUUGAGAGAUGGUACUCAAGUAGCAAUUAAGUGUCUUUCUGCAGAAUCUAAACAGGGAAAGCACGAGUUCAUGACAGAGAUCAAGAUUAUAUCAAAUAUACAUCACCCGAAUCUUGUUGAGCUCAUUGGCUGCUGUGUUGAGGGCAGUAACCGAAUACUGGUAUAUGAAUACCUGGAGAAUAAUAGUCUGGCUACUUCUUUACUUAGUGGUUCAAAAGGUAAACAUAUUGCUAUGGACUGGUCUAAGAGAGCCGCUAUUUGCCUUGGUACAGCAACGGGUCUAGCAUUUCUUCACGAGGAAAUUGAGCCACCCAUUGUCCACAGGGAUAUUAAGGCUAGUAAUAUACUUCUUGACAGAAACUUACAGCCAAAAAUAGGGGAUUUUGGACUGGCAAAACUUUUUCCAGAUAAUGUCACUCAUGUUACUACUCGAGUGGCUGGAACAGUGGGAUAUCUGGCCCCAGAAUAUGCCCUACUGGGACAGCUUACCAAAAAGGCUGAUGUAUAUAGUUUUGGUGUACUCAUACUUGAAAUAAUCAGUGGGAGAAGUAGCAGCAAGGCAGCAUUUGGGAUAGAUUUGCUGGUUCUGAUUGAAUGGACAUGGAAAUUGUGGAAGGAAAAAAGGCUUCUAGCUUUAGUUGAUCCCGAACUGGUCGCAUAUCCAGAAGAGGAAGUAAUGCGCUUCAUUAAGGUUGCACUCUUUUGCACACAAGCAGCUGCACACCAAAGACCCACCAUGAAGCAAGUAGUGGAGAUGAUUUCCAAGAAAGUUAACCUUAACGAGAAAGCACUAACAGAACCAGGAGUGCACAGGACUAAUACCUCUCAGCACUCAGUAGGUGGUGGUAGUUCAGAUGACACAUCAUCCUCCCAAAAGAAAAAGGGAAAGCUGUUAUCAUUUGAAAGCAAUCCUCCCGGAACAUCUAUUCAACUCGAUAGUAAUCAAAGUGUGGCACAGCUGCUUCCGAGGUGAUGCGUUAGCUAGUUCUUUUUACACUGUCUCUUCUUUUUUUUUUUUUU